GGGACGUGAAGUCAAGUCAGUGGGCUGCGGCUCCUAGGACAGGCCGUGUUGAUACCUCUGCUGAAGUAGGUUAGCAAUGGUGCGUAGUGGAAAAAAUGGUGGGCUCCACCUGAAGCAAAUUGCAUACUACAAGCGAACAGGAGAGUAUCAUCCCACAACCUUAUCAAGUGAAAGAAGUGGAAUCAGGAGGGCAGCCAAAAAAUUUGUUUUCAAAGAAAAUAAAUUGUUCUAUGUUGGACAAGACAGAACACAAAUGCGCUUGGUAAUUGUUUCAGAUGAAGAGAAGAAAAAGGUGCUUGAGAAAUGUCAUGAAAAUGCUGCUGGUACUCAUCAUGGCAUAUCAAGGACACUGACUUUAGUGGAAUCUAAGUACUACUGGACCUCUGUAACAAAUGACGUCAAGCAAUGGGUGUAUGCUUGCCGGCAUUGCCAAGUGGCAAAGAAUACAACUACCACAGCACCCAAAACACACCCUAUCAAAGCAGAGGACCCAUGGACAGCAGUCACUAUAGACCUAAUGGGACCUUUUAAUGUUACUGACAGGAGCCACAAAUGCAUCAUGAUUAUGACAGAUUUGUUUACAAGAUGGACUGUUAUCCUGCCACUGCUUGACACUUCAGCAGCUGAAAUUGCUAAGGCAAUUGUAAAUGUGCUUUUCUUGUAUGGGCCUCCUCAAAAAAUGCCUAUUGAUCAAGGCAAGGAGCUUGUUUAUCAAAUCAAUGAAGAACUGUUUGCAAUGUUUGGAGUGAAAAAAAUUGUAUUGUCUUAUCCUCAAAUAGAUGAUAUAAAUGAAAGAACGUGCAAGACAAUAAAACCUUUCCUUAACAAAUACUGUGUUGACCAUCCAAAUGACUGGGAUGAACAGUUGUCUGCUAUUGCCUAUGCUUUUAAUUUGAUAAAUUCGGAGCCGGAUCAAAAUACCCCAUAUUUCCAAAUGUUUAAUCGUAACCCACAUGUUGCUGAGCCAAUGAAUGUAUGUGUGGAAGGAGAAUACAGUAUGUUUGCUGAAAUAUUUGAAGCAACUAAAAAAGCCAGUCAAGUGCUUGAAGAGAAAUCCUCAGUUUGCCAGGUGGAGAAGAACACUUCAGAUGAACAAAAAAUCAGAAACAAAAUCACUGUCAAAAAGAAGCCAAAGCAAUUAAACACCCUUCGACUUAAAGUUGGUCACGAAGUCCUCAGACAAAGGAAAAACUGGUGGAAAGAUGGUCGUUUCCAGUCAGAAUGGGUUGGUCCUUGUAUUAUAGAUUAUAUCACAGACAAUGGCUGUGCAAUAUUGAGAGAUGCCAGAGGACUGAGGUUGAAAAGACCCAUCAAGAUGUCUCACCUCAGGCCAUACAUAAGAGGGUCCAGUGAAACAGACAGCCAUUACUUUUUGCAAGGUGCAGUAGUUGUUGACCAUGACUAUAUUGGCUUAUCUGAAACAUCCUGUAAUCCAAGCCAACAGGCUGUUGCUGAAGUGGAAAUAAAUGCUAGUACGUCUGCUGUACAAAUGCCACCUGCAGCCUGAAAAGAUCAAGAAUCAACAGAUGAUGAACAUCAGUCUGAGUUGACAGAAGAUGAUUGCAUUGAAUCAAACACUCUAAAAUCAGAGCAAUGCCCUUUUCCAUUUUGGACACUUCAGACCAAGACAGAGGAUUCUCAAACAUAAGUCUUGUGUCACCUUUCAUUACCAAACAAUGUGGAACUUCUGAAUUCCUUAGCCAUGGGAGUACUGGUUAAUUUGUAGGGGCAUAGACACAACCUAGUAACAGUACAUUCUACCACUAUUUCAAGAGCAUUUUAUGGGUCCAGUGGUUAAUUUAUGGCAGAAGAAGAAUUGAGAAUAAUUCACUUGAUGACUAGAAGUUCAGGC